AUGUUUCUGCCGGUGGAUGCCCAUUGCCCACACCCCAGGUUGCACUUCUGGCAACAUAAAAUCCAGGAGAGAGUAAAGUUUGAGCGUGCACACUUUUCAGGCAAAGUGGAUGCCACACAGACCUGCAAAGAACUUUAUGAAUCUCUCUUGGAAGCUCAUCUUUCCAGAGAUAAGACAAUAAAGUCAUGCAUUACAGAGACCUCUGCUGUCGUCGGGCAGUUACGUGAAGAGAGGGCAAAAGACAGCGACAACUUGUCAAUAAUCAAGCAACUCAGGAAAGAGCAAACUAAGUUAAAACUCAUGCAGUCUGAGCUAAAUGUUGAAGAAGUGGUUAAUGACCAGAGUCUGAAGGUUUUCCAUGAAAGGUGGCAAAUUCACUACAUCCCUCCCAAGAUCAAGUGAAUAAUACUUCUGUUGUCAACACAGUUGUUCUGAGGAAAAUACCUGGAGCCUGUACCAUGAUGGCAGAUGAACAAAUUCAGAUUUACAGAAUUAGUUUUGAGUUGACAAAACCAAACCACUCCAGUUUGGCUUUAUUGGCACCAUGAUGCUGAUCAUCAGCUUUCUUUGUCAACUCAGGCUUUGAUCCUGAGUUUGUGGAGUGCCUGUGCAUGAAUGUGUGACAUCAGUGGUGAACAGCGAAUCACAACACAGAACAAGUGAGAUUCACUUCUCACUAGAAAGCCAGCGAGAUUCAAAACUCUUUUGUUAAAAGUUAAGAGAUUAAAGAAUAUGAGGAAUUUAAAUGCAUUUCCACUGAAGUACUUGUCCAUGAAAGAGGACAAAUAAAGGAAAUUGUCUUGCUCUAUCAGUGCAGUCACAAGUGAAACUUGUGAAGUUAUUUAAUAUAGUUGAAUUUAAUAUAGUUAAUAGAGACUUG